AUUUAAAAUACAUUUUGUCAACACACCGUUGACAUGCAAACAAGUAGUGGUCUGUUGGGCGGAAGGCAGCGUAUAGGUUAGGAGAGUUGUAACCGAAAGGUCGCUGGUUAAAACCCAGAGCAGACUAAUAAUUAUUAUUGUCGUAUUUCCCAUAAUCUAUUUUAGCGUCCGUAAAAGAUAUUUCCCUGUGUAACAACGCAGCAGAGUUUUGGCUUUUUCUCGAAAGGAUUACAAUUUGGCCCGCCCACUCAAAUAUUCAGAGCAAUGUUGCUACAGUAGCAGCCUAUGCCCCUGAUACCUGAUGCUGCAGUGUUACGGAUCACUGUGUCUAUUAUCUUGAUAGAAAAACAAGUCAGUGGCUAAUAUCAGUUGACUCUAUAAGCGUAAUAUUUUGGUUAUAGUAGGCUGUAUCUUGAAACGUGCACCCUGCCAUUCAAAGUGCGAAGAGCAUGGUCGGGAUCACGGGCGCUUUGCAAUACAGUGGUGAGAAGAAGACCCCUGCCAUGCCCGGCUCUCCUGUGGAUGUCAAGACUCAUUCCAGACCAGUCCCCAGACCAGUCCCCAGACCAGUCCCCAGCAGUAGCAGCGCCACCAUGCCGCCCCUGCCCUCCGUGAACCCCAGCGGACCCCGGCCAGCCUCCUUCUCCUCCACCACUCUGACCAAUGGAAUCCACCACUCCCCGCCCACCCUAAAUGCUGUGCCCUCGCCGCCCCAGCGCUACAGCAAUGGGCCUAGCUCCUCAUCUUCCUCCUCGCUGGCCAAUCAGCAGCUCCCGGCCACAUGCGGCGCCCGACAGCUCAGCAAGCUCAAACGCUUCCUGACGACGCUGCAGCAGUUCGGCAAUGACAUCUCGCCCGAGAUCGGAGAGAGUGUCCGCAACCUGGUGCUGGCCCUCGUGAAUUCAACAGUCACCAUCGAGGAGUUCCACUCAAGGCUCCAGGAGGCCACCAACUUUCCCCUGAGGCCCUUCGUCAUUCCCUUCCUCAAGGCCAACCUUCCCCUGCUGCAGAGGGAGUUGCUCCACUGUGCGCGUGCGGCCAAGCAGACCCCAGCCCAGUACCUAUCCCAACACGAGCACCUCCUACUCAGCACUACUCUGGCCUCGCCCCCCGACUCCUCGGAACUGCUACUGGAGCCCAGCGAGAGAGAGAGAAACCCGACAGUUAAGAGACACAGUCCUAACAGGGGAAAAGAGAACGGCUUCCACGAGCGCCCCCCCGCCCCCCUGGAGCCCCCAGCUAAGCGCAUCUGCACCAUCAGCCCGGCGCCCCGCCAUAGCCCGGCCAACCCCCUGCCCCUCAGCGCUCAGCUGCACCCCACGCCGCCCCCUCUGCAGCACUACGCCCUUGAGGACAUCAGCGCCCCCCAUCUGCUGCACCGGGAGAGCAGCCACCGGAUACUGGAGCUCCGCGAGCUCAAGGACAGGCCUAGACUACCUGGCACUAACGGGGGCUACCGCGAGGAGCCCGUGGACCACAGGCUGACAGACAGAGAGUGGGCCGAUGAGUGGAGGCAUCUGGAUCAUGUGUUGAACUGCAUUGUGGAGAUGGUGGAGAAGACGCGUCGGUCGGUGGCUGUGCUGCGGCGCUGUCAGGAGUCGGACCGCGAGGAGCUCAACUACUGGCGGCGGCGCUCUAGCGAGCAGGAAGACCCCCGCAAGGGAGGGGCCGCCACCGUGCCCACCCCCUUCUCCAAGACCCACAGCCCCCGCACAGCAGCGGUUCCCGCCCCCUUCUCCAAGACCCACAGCCCCCACACAACCGAGGGACUCAGCAGUGAAUCCCAGAGAGACUUUGCGCCGCGACCAGGCUCAGGCUACGUGCCUGAUGAGAUCUGGAGAAAAGCUGAGGAGGCGGUGAACGAGGUGAAGCGCCAGGCCAUGGACGAGGUCCAGAAAGCAGUGGCCGAGGCAGAGCACAAGGCCUUUGAGAUGAUCACGUCCGAGCGGGCCAAGAUGGAGAAGACACUGUCCGAGGCCAAGAGGAAGGCCACGGAGGACGCCAUCCAGGUCAUCAAUGAGCAGGAGGACUCAAGCGAGUGUUGCUGGAACUGUGGUCGCAAGGCCAGCGAGACGUGCAGCGGCUGCAAUGCGGCGCGCUACUGCGGCUCCUUCUGCCAGCACAAGGACUGGGAGCGCCACCACCUCAUCUGCAGCCCCGGCCUGCAGACCCAGCCCAAGCCCGUGUCCGCCAUCACAGCUGCCAGGGCCGCUGUUACCGCAGGAGCCAAGGCCCCCGAGAGCGUCCCAACCACUGCCAGCCCCGGGGGGGAGAAGGGGUCGGUCGCCUCUCCUUCCUCCACCCCAUCCACUCCCACAUUAAUGCUAGAGACCAACGGGCAGUAAAAGCCAGGACUAGGACCAGUGAUACUGGCUCUCAAGAUGGCCUCCCUUCCCAUUGUCCUUCCAUUCUGUUGUUCCUGACUGUUGAAAUGGACACCAGGACCUUAUGCCCCAAAAUGGCUUCCUUUCUUUGUUUCCCUUUCCUCUUGAACUGCUGACGGUGCAAGGUGCUGGUUUCCAUUGUUCCAUCAUUUGGUUCUAAAGGUAUCUUUAGGUUAGCAGUUGGCUAUUUAGGUUCUAAAGGUAACUUUAAGUUAGCGGUUGCGAGGGAGAGGAGACAAGGGAAGAAAGCUGUUUUUAAGACAUGACCCUCAGCUCUGGACACCAACCUUCAUUUAGCCAAGGAAGUGACAUCAUGGACAGGAAGUGAUGUCACAGACAUUGAGUGAGCGGAGGAGGAAAUGAGGUCACUGAUGUUACCAGUCAUGUUACACAGAAAGAGGACAGAUUGCUUUGGUGAUGGUGGGCAGAAGACAGAGUCAUCUGCUUUGGGACUUGGAGGAUCCCUCUUCAACAGUUGGACAAACAGACAAUCUACCUGACAGAUGGACACUUGUUUCGCUUCAUCCAAAAUCUCAAUCCCCAGUAGAGUUGAGACAACUGAGGACAGACUUCAAUCCCCAGAUUUUUUUUAAGGGGACAGUGGGGGGAGGGGGGGGGGGGGUAUGAGUUUUGGAAUGGUCUUUUAUACCCACGAGGGUGAGUGAUGAUCGAAGUACUCACUGCAUAUUUCCUAGUUUACCAUUGUGUAUAUAAAGCUAAGAGAAAAGAGGGUUAUGGUCGGUAUUGACAGUGUAAUAAACAGUACCAGAUCUACAGAAAAGAGGGUUAUGGGUCGUUGUUGACAGUGUAAUAAACAGUACCAGAUCUAGAGAAAGAGGGUUAUGGGUCGGUGUUGACAGUGUAAUAAACAGUACCAGCUCUACAGAAAAGCGGGUUAUGGGUCGGUGUUGACAGUGUAAUAAACAGUACCAGCUCUAGAGCAUCUCACGUCUGGAAAUACAUUUUGGAGGUGACAUGAUCGCGAAGUCACCGCUACAAUCCUUUUUGUAUGUACAGUAUAGCUGUCCUACUUUUCUUGCUAUUCGUCGAAAGUUAUUUGUCAGGUUCCUCUUUGAGUGUGUACAGUUGAAGUCAGAAGUUAACAUACACCGUAGCCAAAUACAUUUAAACUCAGUUUUUCACAAUUCCUGACAUUUAAUCACAGUAAAAAUUCCCUGUCUUAGGUCAGUUAGGAUCAC